GUGUGUUUUUAAAUGUAAACACGGUGAGGGACGAGUCAGCUGUUUUUGAACAUGGAAUACAACUAUAAAAAGUCACUCAGUCAUCACACCUGGAGACAAGCUGUUCACAUAUCGGCCUUCCGUAUGACCCUGGGCUGCAGGAGCAACUACUACUACUACUACUACUACUGCUCCUUGUACUAUGCAUGAUGAACUUGACUUGCUGCUGCGCGAGGGACUUUGCGGAGACUCUGCCCCCCGAGAUGAGCGUGAAGAUCUUCGGCGAGCUGGACGCCAGGAGCCUGUGCCGCGCCUCGGCCACGUGCCGCCGGUGGAACGCCAUCAUCCGGGACAGCGCGCAGCUGUGGAGGACACAAUGUCUCAGCAUCAUAACGCUGUGCCACAGGGAGGUGGACGCCGACCGCAGGAAUGGACUCUCCUGGAAGGACUCGCUGGCGAGGAACUACAUUCGCAGCCGCGUGAAGCUGGACUGGCUGUGCGGUCAUUAUAGCAAUGUGGCGUCGGCCGGCGAGCUGCGCGGCAGGAAGAUGGCGCCGAUGGACGUGGAAACCUGGGGAGAAAUCCUACAGGCUGAGCUGGACCGAUGACUUCAUUGGCAUUGCUGUUCUUAUUUUUCCCUAAUUGUAUGUGUAUCUUUUAUUGUUUUUUUUAAAUACAUUUCUGUACUUGUUUUUUAAAAGACUUUUGAAGAAAAUAACAUCACAAGUAUGAGAGAGACUGAAUGCGAUCAGCUCACAUACACCAAUGAUGGGGAAAGUACUGAUUUUCAUUGUUACUGUGACAGUAACAAUAAAGUUCUAAUUUAUUCUUUAAAAAAAAGUAGAAUCCUAUUUUUAAUCUCUAAUCUGGGCCUGCCAGUAUUUACAUGAUCAAGACUCCAGGAAUAUUUGUUGCAUUCAUUUAGAUUUUUUUUAAAUAUGUCAUUUAUCUAAUUAAACUCUUGGUCAAUUGAUUUAUUCUAAACAAAAACUAAAAAUUGUAAUGAAAUCAACAAUUUUACAAAUGUAUUAUUGGUAAUUUAUGUUAGUAAAAAAUGGUAAAAUAUAUUAAACGUGAGAAUGAUUUUUGUAAUCAAAAUAAACAAUUUGACAUAUUUUACAUGUACAUUUUAAUUUCUUUGUACCCUGCUGAUCUGUCUGUUACAAAACUACUGUGUGCCCACCCCUCAUCUAUAAACAAACAUUAAAAAUUACUAUGUAUCCUAUCCUAUACUAGAUAGGAUAGGAUACAUAGUAGAUAGAUAGAUAUACUAGAUUUUAUUUGUUAAACGUAUUAGCUUUAUUAAGGUUACAUCCAGAGGUGGACAGAGUACCCAAAUAUUGAACUCAAGUAAGAGUACUGCAAGUUUUUGGAAACUGGAAUACUGAAAAACGUGUGAAAAAUGGCUCGUAAGAUGUCCUGAAUGAAGUGAACAUUUUGAAGUUGGAAUGGUUUGGAAUCAGUCAAGAAAUGUGGAAGGGUUGGGUUCAUUUGUAAAAUUGCUGAAAAAAAACAACAUUUCCUCUGUGGGGAAAAAACACAACAAGCAGUUCAUUGAGUCACUGGAAUACUGGUGGCUGUUCUUCGGUUUUCCCGUAUGACUGUAAUAUACUGCCCCCUGCUGGCCACGGGCGGCACACCAGAAGGAGCCAUAAUGAAUUAAUCAUGAUGCACAAACUGUUAAAAGGGACAUAUUUUGCCAAAGCAAUUGUUUCUAAUAUUUGGGAUGUAAUAUUGUCUCUAUGGUUCCUCAGUAAAUAUGUGUAAUAUGAAAUAAAGUCGU